CGACUGUAUCACACGCUCCAUAAACUAAUAAACAGACGCACCGAGAUCACGACACGUGUACACCUACAGCUGUAUCCCAAAACUUUCAAAACCGCUUGCGUGGAAGAAGCGGUGCAUGACUUUCUCCACCGUCUCUACCGGUUACCGGUUAUUAUCCAUCCUCCUCUCUAUCUCUCUCUCUGUUAUAAAUACCUUUUUUCUCCUCUCUUCAGUUUCCUCCACCUUCUUCUUCUUCUUCUUCUUCUCUACAACAAACAAACAAAAGAUCUGUUUCAAUGGCGGAUCGUGUUAAAGGUCCAUGGAGUCAAGAAGAAGAUGAGCAGCUACGAAGGAUGGUUGAGAAAUACGGACCGAGGAAUUGGUCUGCGAUUAGCAAAUCGAUUCCAGGUCGAUCUGGUAAAUCGUGUAGAUUACGUUGGUGUAAUCAGUUAUCUCCGGAGGUUGAGCAUCGUCCUUUCUCGCCGGAGGAAGAUGAGACUAUUGUAACCGCCCGUGCUCAGUUUGGUAACAAGUGGGCGACGAUUGCUCGUCUUCUUAACGGUCGUACGGAUAACGCCGUUAAAAAUCACUGGAACUCUACGCUUAAGAGGAAAUGCAGCGGAGGUGUGGCGGUUACGACGGUGACGGAGACGGAGGAAGAUCAGGAUCGGCCGAAGAAGAGGAGAUCUGUUAGCUUUGAUUCUGCUUUUGCUCCGGUGGAUACUGGAUUGUACAUGAGUCCUGAGAGUCCUAACGGAAUCGAUGUUAGUGAUUCUAGCACGAUUCCGUCACCGUCGUCUCCUGUUGCUCAGCUGUUUAAACCAAUGCCGAUUUCCGGCGGUUUUACGGUGGUUCCGCAGCCGUUACCGGUUGAAAUGUCUUCGUCUUCGGAGGAUCCACCUACUUCGUUGAGUUUGUCACUACCUGGAGCUGAGAACACGAGUUCGAGCCAUAACAAUAACAACAACGCGUUGAUGUUUCCGAGAUUUGAGAGUCAGAUGAAGAUUAAUGUAGAGGAGAGAGGAGAAGGACGUAGAGGUGAGUUUAUGACGGUGGUGCAGGAGAUGAUAAAAGCUGAAGUGAGGAGUUACAUGGCGGAAAUGCAGAAAACAAGUGGUGGAUUCGUCGUCGGAGGUUUAUACGAAUCCGGCGGCAAUGGUGGUUUUAGGGAUUGUGGAGUAAUAACACCUAAGGUUGAGUAGUUUUGGUUUAGGGUUAAAACUUGAAUCGAUUGGGGAUUUUCAAGAGCAUUCAUUUUUGGGGUUUAUGGUAAAAUUAAAAACAAAAACAAAAUGUACAGAGGAAUUAAAAUUUCUAUGGAAUAAUCUUAAAUCUCAAAUAUUUGUUACUUGUUUUGGUGAUUCAUAACCAAAAUCUAUAACAAGUCUAAAUCUAAAAAUUGAACCUUGAUUAGUGAGACAUUAUCAUACAAAGAGACAUACUGAGUUAGUCAACAAAAUGUAGGAUAACUACAUUCUUACAUAUUGUAUAGAUGAAUUUCAUGUUAAUCCUUUCAUAGAGCUAUACAGUAACCAUGAUUAGUGAGACCUUGUAACAUGUAGUAUCAAAAUCAACAAAGGUAUAGAUUUAACAUCUAUUUGAAAACAUUCGAACCUUUUAUUUGAAAAUCUUUUGCUUGUUGUAAGAGAUUUACUCUAUAGUCUAUAGAUAGUAAUUAAACCUUUUCUAUAGGUUUGGUAGAUUACUUCACUUUUAUAUAAAAUUAAUUACUGUCAAAUCG